UUCCCAAAGGCUAGCGAGAGAGAGAGAGAGAGAGAGAGAGAGCAUGGCGGGGUGUGUGAACUAUAUUUCUCCGCACGUGACUCUGUGCUCGCCACGUGCCUCUCCAUCCCUCUCCUUUUCCGGAGAUUCUCUUUUCCGGGAAUCAACCAAAUUCCUCCGACGACGAUCUCCGUCGAUCACCGCCCCCAGAUUUCAGGUCGUUGUGGCGGCUGAAAAAACGGAGCCGCCGCCUCUGAAAAUAAUGAUAUCAGGAGCUCCUGCUUCGGGUAAAGGUACACAAUGCGAGCUCAUCACUCAGAAAUAUGGUCUGGUGCAUAUCUCUGCUGGGGAUUUGCUGAGAGCUGAGAUCACUUCUGGGAGUGAGAAUGGACGACUGGCAAAAGAACACAUGGAGAAAGGACAGUUGGUCCCUAAUGAAAUAGUUGUAAUGAUGGUCAAAGAUCGUUUAUCACAGACGGAUGCUGAGCAAAACGGAUGGCUUUUGGAUGGAUAUCCUAGGAGCUCAUCGCAGGCUACAGCUCUCAAGGGAUUUGGAUUCCACCCUGAUCUAUUCAUUGUCCUCGAAGUUCCUGAAGAUAUUCUAGUUGAAAGAGUUGUUGGGCGUAGACUGGAUCCUGUCACAGGAAAGAUCUACCACUUGAAGUAUUCUCCUCCAGAGACAGAAGAGAUCGCUGCUAGACUCACCCAACGUUUUGAUGAUACCGAAGAGAAGGUAAAACUGCGGCUGAAGACUCAUAACCAAAAUGUGAGCGAUGUGCUUUCUAUGUACGACGGUAUAACUAUAAAGAUAAAAGGAAACCGUCCGAAGGAGGAAGUGUUUACCCAGAUCGAUACCGCUCUAUCUGAAAUGCUUCAACAGAGGAACACCGAUCCAAGUUCACUUUUAAGUUGAAUCAUCCUUGGUACGGACAUUAGGAAGUGUUUUGGCGAGAUCGAUACUGCUCUGAACAGCUUCAACAGAGGGAACACUGCUCCAAGUUCACUUUUAAGCUGAAAUGAAUCAUUCUUGGCACGGACCUAACCAGCGGUAAAUAUUCUCCCUCUCGCGUUUGUCACAUUUGAUUGAUACCACCUGUAUCGCAAUAAAGGAUCUUUUUUUGUCUCCAGUAAGAUGAUGUAUGUCUGUCUACUCCAGUCUUCAGAAAUAUGCUACCUUCUGCUUUAUACUUUGUAGAUUGACUGAAAAUAACUCCUUUUGUUUUUCUUGUUGCGAUCGUGAAGAAUGUCAUUCUUUUUUACUAAUCUUGACAAUGGUGAUAUAAGAUAUUCACAUGA